AUGGCCGGCAUCACGCCCUACACUAUCUCCAUCUCCGACGAAAAGCUCAGACGUCUCCAGCAGAAACUCGACUUGACCGACUUUCCAGCAGCAUGCGUCGACGCCGAGGGUUGGUGCCACGGGACGCCGUUGUCCGACGUGCAGCGCCUCAUACACCAUUGGGCCCAUGGAUUCGACUGGCGCGCUACUGAAGCAAAACUCAACGAGUUUCCCCAGUACAUGGCAAAGGUUGAGAUAGAUGGGAUCGGACAGCGCGAAGUGCACUUCGUACAUCAGCAGAGCAAGGUCAAAGAUGCAAUUCCUUUGCUCUUCAUACAUGGGUGGCCGGGAAGCUUCAUUGAAGUCACGCGCAUCCUACCUGAGCUGCUCCACGGCAGCGACAGCUGUCCAGCUUUCCACGUCGUUGCUCCGAGCCUGAUAGAUUUCGGCUUCUCAUCUGCCAGUGAGACGAAAGAAUUCAACAUCAGUCAGCACGCCGAGGCAUUGCACAAAGUGAUGCUGGCACUAGGGUACGAUGAGUACGUCGUUCAAGGAGGCGAUCUGGGAUAUCUGGUGGCGCGGUUCCUCACCAUCAACUACGGCCCGAAGCACGUCAAAGCCCAUCACCUCAACAAUGUAGCACCCGCCGAGCCGACCGCUGAUUCGCAUCCCGAGCUCCAUGCCCAAAUGAAAGACUCGCAGCUCACCCCUGGAGAGCUUGCUGGACUAGGCCGCACCGAGUGGUUCUCGAAGGAAGGCAAUGGAUACUACAAGAAGCAAGCCACGAAGCCACAAACGGUCGGCUACUUCAUGGCCGACAGUCCCGUCGGCUUACUGGCAUGGCUCCUUGAGUGCCUGCAUGACUGGGUGGACGACUACAAGUGGACCGACGACGAGAUCCUCACCUGGGUCAGCAUAUACUACUUCUCCCGCGCCGGCCCCGCCGCGUCGAGCUACAUCUACUACGCUAUCGAGCAUACUGAAGUGUCCCCCUUUGCGGUUGCACAGAAGUAUUCAGAGGUACCGCUGGGCGUUUCUCGCUUCCCGCAGGAUCUGAUCUUGUUGCCGAAGCUCUGGACUCGCACUCUUGGCCCGGUCGUCUUCGAGAACGAGCAUUCGAGGGGUGGCCACUUCGCAUCGUGGGAGAGACCGGAUGCUAUCUUUGGUGAUUUGCGAGCCAUGUUUGGGAAGGACGGUGGUGCUUACGGUGUUGUGGCGGGCAAGACUGGCUAUCACGCUUCGUAG